UGAUUGACAGCAGCGUCUGGCUCUCUCAUAGGUCACAUCGCCCUUUCGCUCGUCAACCAAUGUGCCUUGGGCGUGGAGCAGGGCAAGCAGAGGACCCUCCCCAGAUCUGUGAUCGACGUUUGUCGCAUGGUCUACCAGGCUAAGUGCUCUUUAAUCAAGACGCACCAGGAGCAAGGYCGUAGUUAUAAGGAGGUCUGUGCUCCUGUCAUCGAGAGGCUGCGCUUCCUGUUCAACGAGCUGCGUCCUGCCGUUAGCAGCGACCUCUCCAUCGUGUCCAAGCUGAAGCUGCUCAGUGCCCAGCCRCGCUGGAAGAGRAUCACACAGAAGCUCAUCAGAGACKGCAGGAARAAGAGAGGUACUUACUGAAGGGUUAUUUAUGGCACUCGUUGUGAUGGGUGAAGGACAAGAUGACCAAAAACAUCAAUGAUUUGUUUUACGUGGAGCGAGACCUGCGUCUGUUCCUCCCCCAUGUCAUUAAUGUAAAGGGUGAAGCUGGUAUGGUGUGUGUCUGUUUCUCCCCCAUGUCAUUAAUGUAAAGGGUGAA